AUGGACUACUCCUACCUCAACUCCUACGAGUCCUGCGUGGCCGCCAUGGAGGCGAGCUACGAGUUCAGCCCCUGCAGCCAGGCGGGCUCCUUCCAGUACAGUCCCAUGCGGGGGGGCUUCGGGCCCGCGCCCGCCUGCGCUCCCCUCGCCUCCGCCAGCUGCGCCCUGGGCGCCCUCCGCGACCACCAGCCCUCGCCCUACUCGGCAGUUCCCUACAAAUUCUUCUCGGACCCGUCGGGGAUCAACGAGAAGMGGAAGCAGCGGCGGAUCCGGACAACAUUCACCAGCUCCCAGCUGAAGGAGCUGGAGAGGGUCUUUGCCGAGACCCAUUACCCCGACAUCUACACCCGCGAGGAGCUGGCCCUCAAGAUCGACCUCACCGAGGCCCGGGUGCAGGUGUGGUUCCAGAACCGUCGAGCCAAAUUCCGCAAGCAGGAGCGUGCGGCCAAUGCCAAGGGUGCCAGUGGCACCGGCACCACCGGGAAGAAGUCGGAGCCGCGCUCCUCGUCAGAAGACGACGAAUCCAAGGAAUCCAACUGCAGCCCGACUCCAGACAGCACGGCGUCCCUGCCUGCUGCUGCCAUCGGCAGCCCCGGCGGCAGCCUGAGCCCCAGCCCUGGCGCGGGGGCACCCCUGGGACCCGGCCAUGCCCCCCAGCCCCUCAAGGCACCCCUCUGGGCAGGAGUGGGGGGCGGCAGCGGUGCCCCCAACACGGCCGAGCUACUGAAGGCCUGGCAGCCCACCGAGGCUGUGCCGGGACCCUUCUCCGGCGUCCUCUCCUCUUUCCAUCGGAAACCAAACGGCAUCAAGACAAACCUCUUCUGAUCGCUGAA